CAUGCACCUUAAACGUUUGUUUGCGGAUCGCCAUGAUAUCAUAGAAGAAGAAUAAGCUUUCUAGCCGAGUAGAUAAACAAACUUUUUAUUAGGUUUGUAAGCGAUUAAUUCAGAUUUAAUUAACUACCAUAUACAACUCAAUUAGUUCUCGUUAUAUUCAAAUAAUCAGUGCUCACAUCGCUGUUUCCCUGAAGAGUAGUAGCGCAUGUUGGAGAUAACCAACGUUAGCUAACUAUCUCAAUAUGGAGAGAACGAGGGAGCAACAUGGCAUGCAAUGGUCGCAGGGUUAGCUAGUCAACUUACUUGGUUUCAAAGUUUGGUAGCAAAAUACAUCUACCAGGCUGUAAGAAAUUUGCAGUUUGGAAUUUUGUGGCCAGGGAUCGAGAAUUUGAGACAAGUUCGACUGCAAUCAGAUCCACGCGUCGUCAUGGCUUGGGCUCUGAAGCUGCCACUCACAGAUGAGGUGAUUGAAUCAGGUCUGGUCCAAGACUUUGAUGCCAGUCUCUCUGGCAUUGGACAAGAGCUUGGAGCUGGGGCGUACAGUAUGAGCGACGUGCUGGCCCUCCCCAUCUUUAAGCAGGAGGAGUCUAACCUGCCGCCUGACAGUGAGAACAAGAUUCUUCCUUUCCAGUAUGUUCUGUGUGCAGCUACCUCGCCUGCUAUCAAACUGCACGAUGAAACACUUACCUACCUCAACCAAGGACAGUCUUAUGAAACUCGAAUGCUUGACAAUCGGAAAUUGGGUGAACUCCCAGAAAUCACUGGCAAAAUGGUGAAGAGCAUCAUCCGCGUGGUCUUCCAUGAUCGGCGUCUUCAGUACGCAGAGCACCAGCAGCUGGAGGGCUGGCGCUGGAACAGGCCUGGAGACCGCAUCCUUGACCUGGAUAUCCCCAUGUCAGUUGGCAUGGUCGACCCCAGGGCUAACCCUACUCAACUUAACACUGUGGAGUUCCUGUGGGACCCUUCAAAAAGAACCUCGGUUUUUAUCCAGGUUCACUGCAUCAGCACAGAGUUCACUAUGCGGAAGCACGGGGGAGAGAAGGGCGUGCCUUUCCGCAUCCAGAUCGACACUUUCAAAGAGAAUGAUGGCGAAGACUAUACAGAGCACUUGCAUUCUGCCAGCUGUCAGGUCAAAGUCUUCAAGCCUAAAGGUGCAGACAGGAAGCAGAAGACCGACAGAGAGAAGAUGGAAAAGAGGGCUCCUCAGGAGAAGGAGAAAUACCAGCCCUCGUAUGAAACCACCAUCCUAACAGAGUGCUCUCCCUGGCCAGAGGUCACCUAUGUAAAUAACUCUCCAUCGCCUGGCUUCAACAGCUCACACAACAGUUUUCCAGUUGCAGAGGGCAAUGGAUCCCCCAGUCACCAGCCAGAACUAGUUGUUCAGGUAGCAGAUAUUGAAAGCUGUCUGACUGAUACAAUUUUGCCAUCCCAUCUACUUACAAGAGACGGGGAAAGCAUCCAUCAGAACCUGUUACCCGCGGCAACACCACAGGAUGCACAGCAGUGGCUCCAUAGAAACCGCUUUUCACCGUUCUGUCGGCUCUUCACUAAUUUCUCAGGAGCUGAUCUGUUGAAGCUGACCAGGGAAGAUGUCAUUCAAAUAUGUGGGCCAGCAGAUGGUAUUAGGCUCUUCAACGCGUUGAAGGGACGGGUUGUACGUCCCAGGCUGACGGUGUAUGUGUGCCAGGAAUCCCAGCAGGCUCGGGAACAGCAGCAGAAACACGAGAACGGAGACGCAGCUAGCAGUACUUUUUUCGUGUACCAUGCCAUCUACUUGGAGGACUUGACAGCAGUUGAGCUGACAGAGAAGAUCGCUCAGCUCUUCAACAUCUCACCCAGACAGAUCAGUCAGAUCUUUAAACAGGGACCCACUGGUAUACAUGUCCUGGUCAGUGACGAGAUGAUUCAAAACUUCCAGGAUGAAGUAUGUUUUGUUUUGGAUACAAUGAAAGCUGAGACGAACGACGGCUACCACAUCAUCCUGAAAUGAAAACUGUCUGGGGGAUUGUCUAGCCCCCGCUCUCUCCUGACACCCAACCCUGCCAGCCCCUCUACAGCCUUAGCCCCUGAUGUACCUGGACCAUGCUGAAGAUGACACGAUCGUUUCGCUCAACGAUUCUCCCAGAGGCUGCUCGCUACGGGGAACAUUCUGACUGAAGCACCUUGCCCAUCCUCGAUACCUUAUUGUCUUAUUUGAAAGGAGUGACACUAUUUGAGCUGCCAUAUCGAUGCAACUCUCCAGUCUCCUCCCAUGCUAAAAACACUUUUUAAAUGGUUGCAUUUUCCUGCUUUGUUGCUCAUCUGUUUGAAAAAGAGAAUGGAAGACACCCUGUCACUGCUUCAGAAUCAACAACUUUGCUGUCUUGUCUUUAGAAUUCUGUCUUGCAUAGAAAGGGAUCCACAACAAGAGAUGGAGUGCGUAUGGUCUCCGGUCUCCAUCUCCUACUAGGCUGCUGGACAUCAAGGAGUCGUUUUGUGAGCACCGUGGUCAUGGUUAAGUAGCUACGACAACAAAGCUUGCACAGGAUAUAAAAUCUUAACUAGUUUAAAGAUACAAAAUGGUUCUAAUAUCCCAUAAUUCUUUGCAUAAAUGCGGAAGCAUUCUAGACCACGGGAACAGCAAUGUGAACGAAAAUGACUGGAAGCAGUACAAAAAGUGCAAAAAUAAAAACAAUUGUAGAGAAUUUAUUCAGCAAGCACAUAGCAUAACUGUUUUUCAAAUGAUCUACAGCCAUUUUAUUACUUGGAUUUCCUGACCGCUGGUCAUGUUUUCGAUGCUAAUCCUGUGGAAUCCAACAGUGGCGCUGGUCCCAUGAAUUUGUUUAUUUGGAAUUAUCCAGGUUAGGACAAUGUAAUAUCUUCAACCUAAAAUCUUGACCGGAAGUGAUGUCAUAAUGGAAAAUGAAAGGGACACCUGCAGCAUAUAUGAGAUCCCCUCUGUUCUCCCAGGGAGCGCUGUGCUCCUGAAAGCCCACAUCUGUCAAGUUGUAUUUGUGUCGUCCAUCUGUGCAACUUUUCUAGGUCUUUAAUCACUGUCAAGAUCGCGUCAGUAUACUGUUCUGUUCAUGCCUCCCUUAUUCAUUAAACUGAUUGAUAUCACUUUCUUUAUUGACCACACAAGGUGGCAACACCAGCAACCUACUAGUCUGUCUUGCCUAUAUACCAUUAUACUGUAUCACUUUACAGUGUCAUUAAGAUGGUAUUGGACAAUUUAACUUUUUUUUGUAGUAGAUGGUUGUUUAAAAGUGUGAAUUUUGAAUCAUGUUUUAAUUUGACUGUUUUUAUAAAUGUGUAAACAGACUUGUUCUACCUUGUUUAAAGAGAAGCAGUCUACAUUGUUUUGGGAUAUUACCACUAUCAAGUAUUAAUAUAUUGUAGUGGGUUGUUUAGGGUAUACCAAAGCUACAUUUGGAAAGCUAGAGUUGGUUCCCAUUCAAUAAGGUUCUCCUGAACGCUAGAUGUUGCCCACCUUUGGCCCUCAUCCAAGUCAUCAGAACGAUUAAACUACUUACCCAUA